UUGUCUGUGUGCAGCAUCUCACACAUGCACUAAUCUGAUCAAAUAAAAGCUGUGUCAUGUGAAUAUGGGCACAGAAACCUAUCGCACUGCAUUCCUACUGCUGUUGCAUUAUGCAUGGGGAACACCUGAGAAAGAGGCUGUUUUUCACUGUCAUAGCAGCCUAGACAGGGUAAUUAAGUCAAUCAGGAGUACCCCUGCCCGGCACUUUCAAUCUAGAAUCAACAGAGGCUGAUAUCUGACUGACAUCAUUCAUCAGGCAGCUCUGGAACAGGAUUUUAAAGAUGGAGUUCUGGGUUUUGCCCAUUUGUCAGAUCAGCUUGAUGUUGACACUGAUGUCAUCCACUGGUCAGGGGUUAGCGAGCCAGGCGCAGAGUGCUUACUUCCUACCUGAAUUUGCACUUUCUCCACAAGGAAGCUUUCUGGAAGACACAACAGGAGAGCAGUAUCUCACCUAUCGCUAUGAUGACCAGUCCUCAAGAACCACCCGCUCAGAUGAGGAGAGGGACACUGGUUGGGAUGCCUGGGGCACGUGGAGUGACUGUUCUCGUACCUGUGGAGGCGGAGCCUCAUAUUCUUUACGCAGGUGUCUCAACGGAGUGAACUGUGAAGGCAGAAACAUCCGCUACAGAACAUGCAGCAACACAGACUGUCCUCCGGAGUCAGGUGACUUUAGGGCUCAACAAUGCUCCGCCCACAAUGACAUCAAGUACCAGGGACAAACCUACGAGUGGAUACCUGUGGCGUACGACCCUAUGUCACCCUGUGCCCUCCGAUGUCAGGCCCGGGGGAAGAGCCUGGUGGUGGAACUGGCACCCAAAGUGUUGGACGGCACUCGGUGUAAAGCGGACUCUCUGGAUAUGUGUAUCAGUGGGAUCUGUCAGGAAGUUGGCUGUGACAGACAACUGGGGAGCAACGCUAAAGAGGACAACUGUGGUGUGUGCGCUGGAGACGGUUCCACUUGCCGACUGGUCCGAGGUCAGGCGCUACCCCAUGUGUCACCUGAAGAACCCAUGAAGACGGUGAUAGAAGUGCCGAUGGGUAGCAGAGGCCUCCGAAUCACAGCCAAGGGACCAGACAUGAUUGUGAUUGAAGCCCAUGCACCAAACAGCCGGAGAGAAGAGGCCGUGUUCAGCUCUUCAGGCUCUCAUGCUCUGAGUAACAACACGGUGGAGUACCAGAGAGGAGCAGAAAGACAAACCCUCCGCUGCUACGGACCGCUGUCUGCAGACUUCACAAUUAAGGUGAAGUAUGCUGGCCCUAAAGACACAGUGAUGCAGUUUAUGUUCUACCAGCCCAUUCGCUACCAGUGGAGGGAAACUGACUUUUUCCCUUGCUCCGUCACCUGUGGAGGGGGUUAUCAGCUCAAUUCGGCUGAUUGCAUGGACAUUCGUUACAACAAAUCUGUUGCGGAGCACCUGUGCCACAGCUUCCCAGAGAACACCAAACCUACACCCAAACUCAAGGAGUGCAACAUGGAUCCCUGCCUUGAAAGUGAUGGCUUCAAGGAAGUGAUGCCCUACGACCAUUUCCAGCCUCUACCACGGUGGGAGCAGAACCCGUGGACGUCGUGUUCAGUGUCGUGUGGAGGGGGCUCUCAGGAGAGGAGCGUGGUGUGUGUAGAGGAGGACGUUCACGGUCAGAUCGUGCUGGUAGAGGAGUGGAAGUGCACACACUCCCCAAGGCCAUUCAGCAAACAGAGCUGCAACACGUUUGAGUGUCCACAGUGGAUGGCCAUGGAGUGGUCUCAGUGCACGGUUACUUGCGGCCCAGGUCUGCGGUACAGGGUUGUGCUGUGUGUGGAUCACAGUGGGCAACAUGCUGGCGGCUGCAGUCCCCACCUCAAACCCCAUAUCAAAGAGGACUGCCUGGUCCCCGUCGCCUGCCACAAACCACGAGAGAGCCAACCUGUUGAAGCCAAGUUGCCCUGGUUAAAACAGGCUCAAGAGCUGGAAGAAACCAAAGUAGCCUUGGAAUACCCAACGUUCAUCCCGGGUCCGUGGUCGGCCUGCAGUGUGUCUUGUGGUCUGGGAGUUCAAAGGCGUCAGGUGAAAUGUAAAGUGCUGCUGUCUUUCACUCAAGCUGAAGUCGAACUUCCUGAUGAAGAGUGUGACGAGGACAAGCCUCCCUUACAAAGGACCUGUGAUUCAGGCCCCUGUUUAGCAUCUCCAGACUCAUCGUGGCGGCCCCUGAGGCCCCAGCAGAUCCCUGAUCAGCAUGAUUAUGCUUGGGAAUACAUGGGCUUCACUCCCUGUUCUGCAUCAUGUGCUGUUGGCAAACAGAUGGCUGUUGUCAGGUGUGUGAGCACCUUGAAACAGGAAAUUGUUGAUGACACACUCUGCAACGGCUCCAAAGUUCAGCCUUCCUUGCUUCGCAUCUGUAACCCUCAACCAUGUCCUCCGAGAUGGGAGGUGAGCGUGUGGAACCAGUGUUCGGUGUCAUGUGGUGUGGGGCUACAGACGCGCAGCGUGUCCUGCGUGAGGUCUGUGGCAGGAAACCGCACUGAACUGGCGUCCAGCAAAGACUGUGUGGAGACGAGACCUCCAGAGUUGCAGGCCUGCAACCAGGUGGCGUGUCCACCGUCCUGGGAGGCUGAGGAGUGGCAACAGUGCUCUCAUUCGUGCGGCAGAGGUACGCAGUGGCGUAAGGUUUACUGUAGACAGAGACUAGCUACUGGAAGCUACCUCAGGUUGAGAGACGAGGAGUGUGCUGGAACCAAACCCGACGUCCACAGGACCUGCACCAACCCUGACUGUCUGCUGCCUCGUCUAGAAGGUGGAGAGUGGUCCAAGUGCUCUGUGACGUGUGGUAAAGGCAUCCAGCGGAGGGAACCUGUCUGUAGGAGACAGACGGCCUCCGGUCAGCUGGUCACUCUGGACAGGUCGUCCUGCAGUGACCUCCCUCUUCCUCCUCUGAUCAGGAGCUGUCGUAUGAGCCCCUGCAGCAAGCACAUUCACUCCAGAAAACGUUGCCCUCAGGUCAUUGGCCUGAAACGCAUCUACAUCCAGACCCGACAAGAAAAACGUCUCAGUUUUACCAUUGGAGGACGUGCCUACCUUCUUCCCAAGACCGCCGUCAUUAUCAAGUGUCCCGUGCGGCAUUUCCCCAAAGCUCAGAUCCGCUGGGAGAAGGAUGGGAGUGAACUGACUAGUUCCAAACGUCUGAGCAUCACCAAGUCUGGGGCUUUGAGGAUCUACAACCUGGAAGCUGAAGAUAUUGGACUGUACCGUUGCUGGGCCAAUCAAGAUUCAGACACCUUCACCCUGAAGCUGAUCGGAUACAAUAACAGACUCCUGGAACAGCCUGAAGGAAAGGGUUUGGGGAAAGAAAAAAGUAGGAACUUUCAUCCGUAUCUCAACAAAGAAGGAGGUUACGCUGGUUCAAAGUGCCAUGAGGGGUUUCCACCAGGAAAGAAGGCUCCAAAAUCUCACCCAAGCUGGGUGCAAAAAAAUGAGUUCUACCGAGACGAUCACGGCCAGCCUAAGGAGCUCUGGGAUACUCUUGCUUUGGGGAACUAUGCUUUGGCUUCAGGGGCCAGGAGCCACACAGGAGCCUUUGUCCUUGAACCUGCACAGUUCGAGGAGCUUGUGAAGAACAUCAGUCUGCUGGCAGAAAGCGGGGAUGUGUCGGAAGAAAUGGCGUCGCACCUGAUUGACAAACUAAUUGAGGAUUUGGCUGCCGCAGGGCAAGGGCCGCCUACAGAGGAAGGCACUACGAUGGACAAUCAUUUAGAUAAGACGCCAAACACUUCAGAAUUUACUGGAGAAAUGGGGUCGAAAAGAGGCAGUCGAGCGGUAAUCGUUCGACAAAGGCAUCACGGAUCUGCCAUGAACUUCCAGAGGGAUCUCAGGAUCCAUGUGGGCAGGAACGCUUACCUAACCAAUGCUACCCAUAGCCUCACGCUGGUGUGUCCCGCUCAGGGAUUACCACCUCCAAACCUCUCCUGGAGCAAAGAUGGAGCUCCACUACAGAACAACGACAGGGUAUCAUGGGACAGCGGUGGAGAGGUACACAUCUCCAGCCCCGGCGCCAGUGAUGUGGGCACCUACAAGUGCACCGCCACCAACGAGUUUGGCUCCGAUUCAGAGACAACACAUGUUCUGCUGGCUGAAACUCCCACGAUCGCUGCCUCACAGAGAAACACGUCAGAUCUGAGGAGUACCAGUCUGAAGGUGGUGGUUGGAGGUGUUAUCAGUGCCCGUUUAGGUGCCAACCUCACCCUGGAGUGCCCUGUCAAAGGUGUGCCUCGGCCAACAGUCAGCUGGCACCAUAAGGAGGGUCCGCUAGGCGCCAGCGCUAGUCCCCUUCUGAACGGAUCUCUGCUCUUGAGAAACCUCACACUGCGAGACUACGGCACCUACUCCUGCAUGGCUGCCAACAGCAUUGGAAAAUCGGUGGCCUCCAGCCUGCUGCGUGUGGCGGGAGGAUCAUUGGGUGAAUCUGAGCACCAGCCUUCAAAGGAGAUGAACAGGAAGAGGGUUCUGAUGGCCUCUGUGAUCGGCACCAGUGUCACGGUCAAACCUGGAGAUAUCUUAAGGAUAGGUUGUCCGGUGGUCCCCAGUCACAGCAAGCCCAUCAAGUGGUCCCAUCAGAACCAGACCCUGAAGCAGAGUCCAGGCGUGAGCCACCGCAUGCUGGUGGGAGGACGAGUUCUGGAGAUAAACACGCACGGAGGGAAAUUUGACGGACGUUACGAGUGCCAAACACAGAUCAACAACCAGCAGCGUCUCACAGCUUGGAUUCAUGUGCUUUCACAAGAGUUUGAGUGGCGUUUGGGCGAGUGGAGCUCAUGCAGCGCUUCCUGUGGCAACAGAGGGACUCAGAUGAGGAAGGUACGAUGUCUGACAUCAGAGGGCAGGGAGACGCCUCAUUCGGUCUGUCAUCAUCUUCCCAAACCGAUCAGUCAACCACGGCCGUGCAACAUCCUGGACUGCCCUCCCAGUUGGGCGUCAACAGUUUGGUCCAAAUGCUCCAGUUCCUGUGGGCGGGGCUUCAGAGAGAGGCGGGUCUCCUGUCAGCAGGUGGAGGCAUCAGGGAGCAUGAGGGUUCUGUCCAGCGUCAUGUGUGAAGGAUCUCCUCGGCCUGGAGACACUGAAGAGUGCACCUCUCACGCCUGUGUGGAGUGGCUCACCGGCCCGUGGGGGAAGUGCACGGGUCGUUGUCUGGGUCCUGCGGUGGCCACACAGAGCAGAACGGUGUCAUGCAGACACUUCAGCAACUCCACGUCCAAAACAUGUGACCCAAAAGAAAGGCCGUCAUCCGUGAGGAACUGCUCAUCCGAGAUGUGCGACGUGCACUGGAAGGUGUUACCGUGGAGGACGUGUACCGUGGCGUGCGGCAGCGGCUUCCAGUCCCGCCGAGUGGAAUGCGUCCAUCGGCAGAACAAAAAAACUCUCCCCGACCAGCACUGCGCCUGGCAACGACGGCCUGUUACCUGGCAACACUGCAACGUCACUUCCUGUGGCAGCGAGUGUACGGACAGAACCCACUACUGUCCUGUGGUGAAACGUCUCAAGCUUUGCCCUGUGGAUCUGUACCGGCAACGCUGCUGCCAGACCUGCUCACAGGACACUAGCGCCACCUAGUGCGCACCAGAGGCCAAACUAAAAGAUGCCCUUUUCAGUCACCGCACUGAUUGUCUCUCGUAAUACAGAAUAUUGUUUAAAUCGUGCAAACCCUUGGACACCUGGAGUGUGUGGACUAAAAGAUGUCUACUGGUGGCAGACGUGUGUUUUCUGGACUACAUUUCACUGGAUGUUUUUUCACAAUCAUCAGAAGUCCAAAGAGAAAAUCACUUGAUGAGAUUCGAGACUUGUCUCUUUGCAGAUUUCAUUUUAUCUUGCCCUGAAAGUGAUAUUGUAUGUGUAUUAAUUUAAGAGACAUGCAUUUUUUCUUGUGGAUAUGAGAGGACAAUCUUAUUGGACCAUUCACCUAUGUGAAGGAAAUUAAAAUGGAAGCAUCUUGAGUGUACAAUAUCAGUAGUACACAACUUGGGAGUAUUAAGAGAGACAUUUUCAGAGUCCUACCCUAAAGUCAACAUGAAAUACUGUCGCAACCCAUUUUACUUCUUUAACCUGAGUUUGAUACUUCAGAGUGAAAUAGGAUAUUCAAAGAAAAAUAUACGGCUGGGCUUCAUUUCAGCUAUAUCCAUUAGGACUUGAUUGGAUGGUGAAUGAAGUCAGGUGGUCAGAGGGGUGGAGUUAAAGAAGGAGAAGGGAUUUGUGGGGUGUUUCUCAAACAGAAGGCAUAUCUCAUGCACCAUUUUCGGAGAUGAAGGCAUACAUGUUAUAUUUUGUUUUAAGGUAAAUUAAUCACUAAGGCUGAGUUGUUAAAAAAGUUGAAUCUGGAUCAGAAUGAUCCAGGAUCAGGUUAUCCAUCUUACUUUUGUGCUGGUUUUUCAAAGCAAAAUUGGAUUGGAUCACCCUGAUCAAGAUACACACUUUUUCAGAUUACCAAAUCUGGAUUACUUGUGUUCUACAGAGCCCCUAAAGGGACAUGGUGAUAGAAAGAAUAUGAGAUGGGGGAAAAAACAAACAAACAAACAUUUCAAUGCUUUUGCGUUCUCUCAGAAAAGUUUUUUUUUGUAGCGUUCACCCAAAAAACUUUGCGUUCACUCGCAAAGAACUUUUGACUGGUUCAUGUCUUAUGAUUGUGCCAAUUUAGUUUACAAACAGUGAUAAAAAAAAAAACCCCACUUUGAAUCAAAUAUAGUAUUUUUGUUUGAUAUUUACAGCUGUCAAUUGCACCAAAAUCUCUUUUUUACUUUACAGUAGGUUACCAAAAGGUGGAGCCUAAUGUCUACUUUUAAUUUAUUACUUUAACAGUUAAACUAGUCAAGAACAAAAUAAAAAAUAUGUGUGUAUGUAUAUUACAUGAUAAAAAUGUUGUAUUUUUCGACCAGUUUUCGACCAAUUUUUGUUUGUAAAAUCCACCCUUUUGAUGGGAUCAGUAUAAUCCAGAUUUUUUGGAUCAAAGGUCUUACUAAAAAGUUUUGAACAACACAAACUGAUGAUUUUAUCCAGAUCAAAACCAAGACUGGAUUUUUUCAGAAUCCUUUUUUUUAUGACCCCUAUGAACAACCCAUUUUCAAGAUUUGAUCCAAUCCGAUAGCCAAAAUCCAAUUAGAUUACUUUUGAACAACUGGCCCUAAACAGCCAAUAAUUUGUAUUUUACUUAUGUCUACUAUGCUGCAUUCAAAUUGCCUGCAAGGGACCUUAAUAAAGUUGAACUUGAAAAAUGUAAGCCACUGCGAGACCACAGAUGGCUGUCACUCACUGUAUUGCAUUAAUAGAUAAAUUAAUACAAAGUAUUUUUCCAAAAUCAAGUUUUAAUUGUAUUUUUGUGCCGUGACCCUAGGGGCAGGAACAUGUGCGCACUUAUUAGACAUUCUCAUUGUAGCGUUCAGUGCUUGAAAUAACAUGCAAAUGCUGAUAAAUUGUGCACAAUAAGAGCAGUAGCAUGUUUUAAGAAAGUAAAAAGGGUUCAUUUUGUUUUCAUGUUGACUUUAUUAUUACAAAAUGUGUUAAUAUGGGUGUAGAAUGUAUGACAGAAAACCCGUUGACUGAUUGAAAUGGCAUGUGCCAUAAACGUCACAUUUCUCCAGCCGUCUUUUAGAUGUACGUUUUGUGUUCAAACAAAGUGCUGCAUUGUAAAAUAUGUCUUGUAUAUAAUGUGUUUUUAAGUGCAAUAUUGUACAUUGAGUGUAGAAAGUUUGGAUUUUAUUUUCUUACAUCUUGGUUUAGUUUGUCUUUAUUAUCCAUAUUUAAGAUUAAACACAACACAGACCUACGUACUUAUAGCACCUGAAGUGGAUUUUCCAUAUCUCUAAUAUAACGGUUUCCUACUGGCCUUUAUGCAUGUAUUUUAAUUACAUCAACAAAUGUUGUACAUAAGCCACUCACAGAGUUUAUCCAUGAAUUUACUCUUAUUGCAAUGUGGAGAAAGCAUCGCUACAUGAAUCUGUUGAGGAAGCGCUAGUUUUGGUACUAUUCACGUCAAUAUAUCAAACAGUCUAUGUGAUACAAAUACAAUAAAAUACAGUUUUACAAAUCA